AUGACGAGCCGGCUCCCAUCGUUCACUUCAUAGAGCCGGCUCUUAAAGCCGGUUCGUUCACAACAGACACAUCACUAUUUGGCUCGUCUCCGCACAAGCAGGAUGGAAAAACAGAACUCCGUUGGCAUUGAAUGUCCCCAAAUAAUUAAAAACCAGGACGUCAAAUGCACAGUUUAGAGCAGCACAUUUACCCAGAGGCUCUCAGAUUGAGCAAACUUGUGAGAAUACACGUAAUAACCGUUUAGAGACGGAGCAACAUGUCACUAGCAUAGCUGCUAAUCGCUAGCACAGCAGUUUGACCAGUUAUGCUGAUAUAAAGAUAUAAAGUCAGCUUAUAUCUUGUUUAAAAAUAAUAUCGAUAUUUUAAAAAUAUCGAUAUAUUGCCCAGCCCUAAGCCAAAUGAAUGUGUUUUAGCUGCAUGCCAUUGUCAAAUGCUAAACGCUGAUAUGUUGCACCGCUCUCGCUAAGGUUUUGUGUGGGAUGUUGAUUGAAGAUCUGAAGAAGUAUUCUAAAUCUCAACCUCAUCUUCCUGAAGCAUCAUAUUUUGUUCACGUUGAUUACACACACGAAGCACAUGCCCACCCAGAGUCGUGCAAGCCUGGCUAACGAGUUCCAUCAUGUUUAACGGCGAGAGGAGGAAGUGAUUGUGAAGAUUGGGAUGAGAUUGGGCGGUACAAGGCAGCAUGUGCAGAUUUUCGUCACACCAUAACCCCUGCCAAGUCUCAGUUACCUCUGCUGAUGGAUUAGAUCAUGUAGUACUACCGCUGCGAGCAGAGGAAGAGGAGCGGAAAGACCAAUUUACUGUUGAAAAUGAAAAAAAAAGCCUUGGUUUGAAUCAAACUGGUUGGUGUUUGAAACCUUGGCCUUGUUUUGACCUCUCCUGCCCACAGAUGAGGCUUAUGCUCUUGAGUGCACUGACCUGUUAAGACAUGACCCUCGUGCUGCCCCUUUCAAUCCCUGCUGCCGCCGCCUACUCCUGAGAAACGUCAAGAAUCCUUCGAAGGCUUGACAGAGACAAACCCCGGGAUGGCCCCACUGAUGACUCAUCUUCCAGUUUCAUUGAGAGUAACUGUUGUUGUUGCUAUGUUCUUUCUAAUCUUUUGCCAAUAAAGAGGGCAGUGUAGUGCACGAUAUUAGAAAAUGCAGCUUUGAGAUGUUGAAACAGGAGCGUAGUGGGAGUCGUUGCGUUAAGAACGGACAGACAGAGGGCGGCGUUUAUGUGGAAGUUCAGGUUAAUAGAUGCAGAUCUGUGGAAGAGUCACCGGACGUGGUGGGAAAAGUAUGAUCCGUCACUUUUAGCUGAUUUUUUACCCCAAAUGUUUCCUAAUGUGAGUGACGUAUGUAGAAAAUACAGCUCAGGGUCAGCACAAAGCUUGUUGUAUGGGUGUUUAACUCUAAUUCCUGCUUGGACAUUGAUGACGCUGUCCAACAGCAAGAGUAGAGUGAGAACCACAGACUCAGGCGUGCUCAAACUCGUCUGUAGUACCAAGGCAGGUACUGACAGACAACAGAGGCGAGGAAGUGUAAUUUUUGCAAGGAGCAGUCUGUCACAGAUUGUGAUCUGACAUUCAACACCUCACACACACACACACACACACACACACACACAAACGCAUGUAUAUCCACGGAAUCUGUGCAAAACUAAUGUGAACCAGAUGUAAGGUGCUCUGGGACCCCGACAUCACCCUGGCCAGGGAAGGUCUUCCCUGACUUAUCUGGGUGGGGUCAGCGGUGCAAAGGGGACGGCCCAACUGGUCUCUGUGCACUUUUCCACGGGCCAUUAGAGGGGAGAGGAUGCUGCCGCGGGUCAGCGGGAACCGAGUUGGCGAGGAGCGUUGGAGAAAGGGAUGUCCCGAUCGGAUUUUUAUUGCUCUUGAGUCCGAGUCCGAGUCAUUUGAUUUUGAGAAUCUGCCGAUACUGAGUUCCAAUCUGAUACUUUUGAUACAUAAAAAAAAUAAGAAAAGGAAGAAACAGUUCCAGAAUGUUCCUUAUUUUUUAUUUAAUUACCUUUUUAUUUUAAUUUUUAACAACAGAUCACUUCUGUGAGGUAGCUUGAACAAUCAAGUAAUAAAUAACAUAAAUUCUCCACUUUUAGACUUUAUUGCAAAUAUGAAAAAGUCUAAUAUAAAAACAGAUAGCACUUCAGCUUAAAAUACCUGGCAGGGGUCUAUUUUGCCUCGGCCCCCAAAAUGCUUAGAUACGCCCCUGGGCAUGGGACGGAGUUUUGAAGAUGAUCUGAAUUGUAUCAACUAUAUAAAAACUACAUGCUGAUAAGUUAUUGCUUUAUACAGGUACAAACGUGUAGUGAGAUAAAUCUACCUACAUUUUAUUUUUUUAAGAACUUUGUUUUGUUUUCUUGGUUUUUAUUUUCCUGUCUUCCUGUCCCGUCUGUCUCUGAUCUUCCUGCAUCUCCCAGUCCUCCAGAAAAACUCCUGCCUGCUUCCUUCUUUUUCACCUCACAAGUUACUUUUUAACUAGCAGAUCAAAUUGAUCUACUGACCGCAAAAAAAGCGGAGUGUGCGCCACACUGCCCGGCUGCGCCAGUGACGAGCGCUGCAGCGCGAGCGCGUCCACACGUCAUGCUCACAUACAGACAGAACUUACCAGAGAGAAAACGAACGGACACGAAUGACUGUGUGUUAAUUAUUUAUUUUUGGCGACGCCACUUAGAAACUUAGAAAAUGUUACUGUGGCCGUGUGCAGAACGCAGCUGGAGUUCAUGAAUAAUCAGCGGUCUGCCUGCCUCUCUGCAUCUCUGCUCAAAAGAAUCCCCGCUACGCUGAGUCCAUAUAAAUAAUAUAAUAUCGGUAGAAACUGGAUCUCUUUUGUGCUCCUUCUGGGUGUGUAAGUUAAGGGCGUCAGGGGAGCCUGACAACCUUUAAGGAGAACCAAGUUGCUCUCCUGUAAUUUGAACCCAGUAUCCAACUCUGGAUCGGGGCUUGGAUCGGGAAGUAAAGCCGAGUCCCGAUCAGUCUGAAACCACGUGAUCGGGGCCGAUUUCUGAUCAUGUGAUCGGAUCGGGACUUCCCUAGUUGGAGAUUUACAUGUGGACUCCCCAGGACCAGUCCCCCUCUGCUGCAGGGUCUGGAAGAGCCACUGCUUAUCUGAGAAAUCGAGCUCCCUCCCUUUUUACGGUUCCUCCCUCUAGUCUAAAUAGGAGGAGAGUUGCACUAACAGGCUCAGAGUUUGGUAGUGCCCUUUUGCCACACGUUCCCAACAGGACUACUGUUUUUUUUAUCUUUUCCUGAGAGGAUUUACUUUUAUCUGACAGCAUGACUGAAAACAACAGGAACAAAGAAAGGAAACGGAAAAAUAAGGGAAAGAAAGGAGAAAGGGGGAAAGAGGGGGAUUCCAACACAGCUGCGGCUCCAAGGUUAAAACCCAUCAAGAAUCCCAUAUUAGUGGACGAGGGGAGCAAACUCAUAGUAAAGUGCGAGGCCACGGGAAGCCCUGUCCUGACCUACACGUGGUUCAAAGAUGGUAACGAGCUGAAGAAAAACAAAAAAGUCAAAAUCAGAAGUAACGCGAAAUCCUCCAGAGUCCAGAUCAGCAAAGCAAAACUGGAGGAUUCUGGGAAUUACACGUGUGUGGUGGAGAACAAGCUGGGGAAGGACAACUCUACUGGCACCGUCAACGUCCAAAGCAUAACCACAACACUUUCUCCAGGCUCAGGCCAUGCCAGAAAAUGCAACGACACAGAGAAGGCCUUCUGUGUGAAUGGCGGUGACUGUUAUUUCAUCCACGGUAUAAAUCAGCUUUCCUGCAAGUGUCCAAAUGCAUUUACUGGUGAUCGCUGUCAAACCUACGUUAUGGCCGGUUUCUACCAGCAUCUUGGGAUUGAAUUUAUGGAGGCAGAGGAACUCUACCAGAAAAGAGUCCUGACAAUUACGGGUAUUUGCGUGGCUCUGUUGGUGUUGGGCAUUCUCUGUGUGGUUGCCUACUGUAAAACCAAGAAACAAAGACGGCAGAUGCACAAUCAUAUGCGGCAAAACAUGUGUCCGGAGCAUCCUAAUCGGAACCUUGCAAACGGACCCAAUCACCCAGGACCCGGCCCGGAGGAAAUCCCAAUGGUAGAUUACAUAUCAAAGAAUGUUCCUGCAACCGAGCGAAUCAUACGGCCGGCAACAGAACGCUCGUUUCCUGCCAGUCAAGCCUCCUCCAGAUCUCACAACUCUUCUACACGAGCCCAUUCAUCAACUCAGAGGCACGAGGAGCAAACAUGGAGCCUACAACAUUCAGAAAGUUUCCUUUCCGACUCGCCGGGAAUGAUGUCAUCAUCCGUGGGGACCAGUAAAUGCAGCAGUCCUGUGUGCAUGGAGGCGCGGGCACGGCGAGCUGCACACUGUGCUUACUCUGAUCCCCAUCGGCCGGGGCUACAAUACGGGGACUCGUUCGACUCGCUGGGAGACUCUCCUCACAGCGACAGAUACGUGUCAGCCCUGACAACACCAGCGCGCCUCUCCCCGGUGGAUUUCCAUUACUCAUUGCCCCCCCAGGUGCCUACCUUCCAGAUUACAUCCCCUAAUGCCAGCCAUGCCAUGUCACUCCCCCCUGCUGUCCACAAUCCAUAUCCUCCUGAGGACGACCAGCCUCUGCUGCGCCGCUACCAGGUGCCACUGCAUGACGCCCAGUGCCAGGAGCCCUACCGGCAGCAGCGUCGUACGUAUCUGAGCAACAGCAGGGGCAGCCUAACUUCCAGCCCCUACCGGCUGGCUGAGGAAGAAGACUACGAGACCACCCAGGAGUACCUUUCCUUUCGGGAGCAACCAAAGACAAGCAGGCCCAGUGAAACUGGUAGCCGACGCUGGAGAAGAUCCAGACUGAACGGCCAUGUGGCCCCACGUGGAUACGAGGCAUCUCGGGACUUUGGAUCUCGAAGCUGCCUAACAGAUAGUGAGUCAGAGGAGGACGGUGAGAGCACUCCCUUCCUCAGUAUGCAGAACAUGAACACCGAGCCCUCCACCAUCUACAGGCCGGUGGACAGUCGGACUUCUCACUCAUCAGGGUGGCACAGUGGGCACGGAAAAACGCAUACGAGACUCACACACCCACGCUCCAAACCGGACGAUACACCCCAUUAAAGAGUGAUAAUGAACCAAGAUAAAUCAAUAUAGUAUAGACCUGCAUCUAUAAGAAAUAUUUUUAUUUUAUAUAACUGACAGAUAUUCUAAACAAAUGAAAUAUUUAUUUUCAUUUUAGCAAAAGUUGUCUACUAGUUAACAGCAAAGAAUUUUUUAUAGGGAAAACUCUAUUUAUAUGUACAUUUUGAUUUACAGCAUAAAAAGAUGUGCCAGUUUUUUCACAACGUUUAAAAAAAUAGAGUAAUAUUGUGGUGCCUUUUGCUGUUUGCCGAUGCCAGAGGGCCAGUGGAGGUUUUUGUAGCCUUUCUUAUAUGGACGCCUCAUUUUUUAUACACAUUUAUGUUUUGUUUUGUUUUGUUGUCCUUUCUGAUUUCCUGUUUUACCUUCUUUUUCUUCCAAAAAGCAUUUUUUGAGAAGUCUAUCCUCACUGGAGCAUAACCACUUCCAUGUCAUGCAAUAUAAACCACUUCAACAUAAAGUGUGUGUUUACAUGAAUAUGAUUUGCCUGCAAGGCUGAUGAUUUAUCUUUGCCCUCUAACUCCCAAGACAAAGAAUGAGAAAGAACAGAGGGACUUAUUGUGUUUGGUAGUGUGUGUGUGUGUGUGUGUGUGUGUGUGUGUGUGUGUGUGUGCGCGCGCGCACGCGUGUGUAUGUGUGCGCAUGUGUGUGACUUUGCUGCAUGUCUUUGUGAUAGUUGGAAGAAUUUCAUGUUGUGCUGACUUCGAACCCGUGGUUCUGCUGAGGAGCUGAGAUCAGUGUAGCUGGACAGGUAAGGCUGGGUCGUGUGUGUGUGCAGCUUGUUGCUCGGUGUUUUUACAGCUCUGCUGCCCCAAUUCUGUCCUUAAAACAAAAAUAAAAAUCCCAGCAGGUUUUCCAGGGUCAACAAAACAGAAGCUAGGAUCUCACUGGGCAGCGAUUAUUGGUCAUCAAUGGCAUUCUCAAGAGACUUUCUUGCCACGGGGCUUCGCGUUCAUGUUGCUGAAAGUGACUUGAAUUGCUUUCCAAAACAGAUUUACUCUCAAAUUAGUCGCUGGGUUGUUGCAAGCGUCUGUUUUUUGAGAGUAAGAGAAGUGUGAGAAGUGCAAGACAAUGUUGGGAGGGGUUCCUUGUGCAAAUCUGUGCCUGAGAAUCAGAUUCUCCAGGUGCAAACCAUUGGUGGACCACUGGAAACGUGACUAAAUCAGCUGAUUACGUCGGUAUGAACUGUUAUUAUGUUAGGGCACCUUGUGACUGAAUGACACAAUCAAAACUGCAUAAUCGUUGCACAAAUGUUUGACAUAUGUUUGCCACUUAGACACGUUUUACAAAAGCAGCCCUUAUGUGUGUAUCCAACCUUAAAGAUGUGUAUGUGUACUAGUUGCAGCCCAGUGAGGUAGAGACUUCAGCUACUCAGCUCACAUGGGGGGGCACCAUCUGAGACCAAACUAAAGUUUUCAUCCUUUUUCACUCAAAUCCAAACAUCCCAUUAUCCUUUUAUGUCCAUUGUGUUCUAGUGGCCCAUGCUGAAGGCCACACAGCGUCUCAGGAGUUCCACAAACGUCCCCCUUCACCUGUCUUCAUCUCCGUCCUUGAGUACCUAAGACUUUUGUUCUCAGAAGAGCUGAGGACCUGGAGGUAAAAUGUGGUCUGCUGUUUCCUGGACACCACAAUGCAGAGAAGGGAAAAGCCAGGUGGCAGAAGAUAACUAGAUAGACUAGCUGUGAAAAUUAUGGAGGUUCAUACAAUGCAAAAAUAUGCAAACUUUCUAUUUUGCUUUUAUUACAUCAUUUUCUAAGAGGUGUCUGUGGUGUGCUAAGAGUGCAAAAACAGAGAGAUCACAUGAUAAGAAUGGAUCUCGUCCGGACUUAUUUUUUAAGCCAUCAAGCAGCCAUUUGUGAAGCCAUUCUUGUCCGUGUGUCCAUAGAAGGACCGCAUCCACAACUUAUCCUAUUGGUUUGUUCAAACGACAACAAAUCCAGUUCCUGUCUCCUCCAACAGAAACGGUCAUCUCCUUGUCUCUAAAGGAUAAUAACUUCAAUGAUAAACCAUUGAAGAAACAGCAGCCCUUCGUCCUCCAUAGGACGAAAUAUUUCAGACUUAUUUCAAUCUAUUUCAACUUCAUUUAAAGUAGCAAUCUGAAGGUUCCCCCCUUCAGGAAUUAUGGAGGAUUUCUUAACCCGUAAAAGUGAUUGUCUGACCCUGUACUCUGAUAUGAUGUGGGCAAUAUAUUUUUUUUGCUAAGCCUGUCCCAUUGAUUCUCAUGUGAUUUGAAUUCUCAGCACUAGCCUCAGCAUUAGCCUCGGCGUUAGACUCAGCAUUAGCCUCGGUGUUAGCCUUAGCAUUAGCCUCAGCAUUAGCCGCGGUGUUAGCCUUAGCAUUAGCCUCAGCAUUAAUGUAUAGGGUUAGGGUCAGCAUUAGCCUCAGCGUUAGCCUCAGCAUUAGUGUAUAGGGUUAGAGUCAGCAUUGGCCUUGGCAUUAGCCUCAACGUUAGCCUUAGCAAUAGCCUCGGCGUUAGCCUCAGCAAUGGCCUCAGUAUUAGUCUCAGCGUUAGCCUCAGCAUUAGCGUAUAGGGUUAGGGUCAGCAUUAGCCUCAGCAUUAGCCUCAGCAUUAGCGUGUAGGGUUAAGGUCAGCAUUAGCCUCAUUAUUCGCGUAUAGUGUUAGGGUAAGCAGCAAGUAAUUUCUGAGUUCAUAAAAAAACAGCAGUGGUUUGGUGGAGGGUAUGUCAGACCUCUAAAUCAGACACAGCAUGGCAAUGGCGAGUAUGUCUCGCUCAUUUUGCCAAUGAGACAAAUCGAUGAUGCACAACCCCCCUGCUGGUUUCUGACAUAUUGUAGGUUGCUAACGCGUCAGGUUAUUUUCAGAGGCCGCUUCAAACAAACACAAGCUACCAGAGUCAGCCAUGACAAAGACACUUACACAUGAUUAAAAGCAAGUACAUUCUCAGCCUUAGAGGUGCAAGUUUAUGAGUGAGAGGCAUUGCUUCCAGCCAUUAUCACAGAAGUAAGGAGAGGGGCUUAAAGAUGUGAUGCAUUUUUCUUCCUCUAGAUGGUGACAAAAACCUCCAGAUUUCUGCUUUAAGGGGAGAGAAGACAGACGAUGAUCUGUCACAGUUGGUUUUAUAUACCGAUUUUCUUUAAGAGAAACCAAAUGAACACUGAACUGUCUAAUGAGAAUUGACUCAAAAAUGUCAUUAAGAGAUUGACUCUAACUGCUGUUUGAUGACUGAAGAAUAGUCCCUGGUCACACCUCUGCCACAGCUCACAGAUGUUCCAUCAUUGGGUUUUUCAUUUUGUUUGUCUGAAAAAGGCAGAAGAUGCUAGCCUGGCAAGCCAGACUAAAUAAAUGUAUUAUUUAGUCUGGCCAUGCUCCAUUGACGGCUCUCGGUUGUGGGGCGGGUUCUACCGUUGUCUUUCAAAUGAUCUCCGCAUUCCACUGGACAAUGAAUGUGACGUACUCUUGUUUCACUCUGUUGCAUCAUCCCACCCACCAGGCAUAUAGAGUGCCCUGAUUGGCCCACAAAGCGGAUAAAGCUCUGUGAUUUGUUCACUAAGCAGAUAGAGCACUAUGAUUGGCCCACCGUUAUGGACCAAUCACAGCUCUUUAUGUGUUUGAAACUCCUCUAGAGAGCUGUGAUUGGACAGCCAGAGUCCUGGGCUGCUGAGGUUCCAAUGGAGCGUGCCUAGACCAAACUUUGCAAAGCAAGAAUUUGGUCUAGUUCACUAGGCUAAGAAGAUGCAGCACCUCUAGUUUUAAUGCGAUUCCCUCUGCCCUCGUUGUCAGUCCUCUCAUCCAACUGACAUGCUGCAGGCAUGUCCAGCCAGUCUCUUUGUUUUUAACUUUAGGAUCCCCCUCGACCCCACACCCCCGCUUGAAAUGUUUGAACACCUUUCCUCUGCAUGUCCUUGUGGUCAAGGUUAGAUGGGUGCAUGGUUAUGUAAAAAACUAAAGACAGAAAAAAGCAGCAGACGAAUAUUUACCAGUCAGUGGAAGUGUAUUUCAUUUAACAUCCAGCAAUAAAAAAGUAAGAAUCUUUCCCCCAUGUCAUUCCUGAAAUAUGCUAGGAAAAAAAACACAGUAAAAAAUUGCGAGAUUGUCGUAGAUUGUAAAAUAAAAUGAAAAAUGAAUCCACCUGUUCAUAUAAAAAAUAAAUCUUUAUUCAUAUCA